AUGUCCCUGCGCUCCUCGCCGGUGCGGACCCCCAGGAUGAGGAAGGAGGAGACCUUCCUGGGCAAGCUGGGCGGCACGCUGCGGCGGAAGAAGGCCCGCGAGGUGAGCGACCUGCAGGAAGAAGGCAAGAAUGCCAUCAACUCGCCCCUGGCGCCUUCCUUGGCGGACCUGCACCCCGAGGACACACUGUUAGAGGAGAAUGAGGAGCGCACGAUGAUCGACCCCACCUCCAAGGAUGACCCCAAGUUCAAGGAGCUGGUCAAGGUUCUCAUCGACUGGAUCAACGAGGUGCUGGUGGAGGACAGGAUCAUCGUGAAGCAGCUGGAGGAGGACCUGUUCGACGGGCAGGUGCUGCAGAAGCUGCUGGAGACGCUUGCGGGCUGCAGGCUGAACGUGGCCGAGGUCACACAGACGGAGAUGGGGCAGAGGCAGAAGCUGCAGACGGUGCUGGAGGCCGUGCAGGAGCUGCUGCGGCCCCACGGCUGGGCGCUGCCCUGGACGGUGGACGCCAUCCACGGGAAGAACCUGGUGGCCAUCCUGCACCUGCUGGUGUCGCUGGCCAUGCACUUCCGGGCGCCGAUCCGCCUGCCCGAGCACGUCUCCGUGCAGGUGGUGGUCGUGCGGAAGCGGGAAGGCCUGCUGCACUCCAGCCACGUCAUCGAGGAGCUGACCACCACCACCGAGCAGAUGAUGGGCCGGUUUGAGCGCGACGCCUUCGACACGCUGUUCGACCACGCCCCGGACAAGCUGAACCUGGUGAAGAAGUCUCUCAUCACCUUCGUGAACAAGCACCUGAACAAGCUGAACCUGGAGGUGACGGAGCUGGAGACCCAGUUCGCAGACGGCGUGUACCUGGUGCUGCUCAUGGGCCUGCUGGAGGGCUACUUCGUGCCCCUGCACCACUUCCACCUGACGCCGGACAGCUUCGACCAGAAGGUCCACAACGUGUCCUUCGCCUUCGAGCUCAUGCUGGACGGGGGCCUCCAGAAGCCCAAGGCCCGGCCGGAAGACGUGGUGAGCCUGGACCUCAAGUCCACCCUGCGUGUCCUCUACAACCUGUUCAACAAGUACAAGAACGCCGAGUGA